AUGCCCAAAGACAAGAAGCGCAAAAGAGACGCCGGAAAUGACAAGGCCCUUAAGACGGGAAGGCACGAUGCCGAUGCCGACAACUUGAAGGGAGAAGCAGAUGUUGAUACCUCCAAACCAUCUGCCGUCUUCCGUCCCACCGGGGGUCGCUCAUAUACACUGACCAUUGCCCUUCCUGGCAGUAUCAUUGCCAAUGCCAAAUCUCACGAACAAAAGACGUAUCUGGCCGGUCAGAUCGCCCGAGCUUUGGCAGUGUUCUGCGUCGACGAGGUUGUCAUCUUCGACGAUGAGGAUGCUGAAGUACGCCGCAGACGACCUGCCGUCGCAGAGCACGACUAUACCGCCUUCUCGCACCCCGAUCAUUUUCUCGCCCAUGUCCUGUCAUACCUAGAAACUCCGCCUCACUUACGCAGAACACUCUUCCCCAUGCACCCCAAUCUCCGGACGGCAGGCACAUUGCCAAGCCUGGAUAUGCCGCACCACUUGAGGACGAAUGAAUGGUGUGAAUAUCGCGAAGGCGUGGCCUUGGAUCCUUCCCCCGGCAGAAACGGGACCCUCGUGGACGUCGGUCUUUCUGAGCCACGAGAAAUCCCCGACGCGAACAUACCUCGAGGAACUCGCAUCACCGUCGAACUGCAGAAUCCAACCUCCAAGAUCGCAACAGCAGUGUCCCCCAGUACUCCGAGAGAAGUGAAAGGAUUUUACUGGGGCUACGUCGUACGACAGUGCAGCAGCCUCUCCGAUGUCUUCACAGAAUGCCCCUUCGACGGCGGGUACGAUAUCUCUCUUGGUACCUCCGAGAGAGGAGUUCCUUUGCCUGAAGUUCUUGCCAGACCAGACUAUUCCACCCCGGACGCGCUUUCCUUUCAACAUGUUCUCAUUGUCUUUGGCGGAGUUGCUGGCUUGGAACACGCGGCCAGGAAUGAUCCUGAAUUACAGAACAUGGGCUUUACCGGACCGAACGUGAAGGAGUUGUUUGAUUGCUGGGUGAAUGUACUGCCCGGACAAGGCAGUCGCACAAUCCGGACUGAGGAAGCUGUCUGGCUGGGGCUAAUGGGCCUGAGAGGUUUCAUUGAGAAGCUGGGGAAGAGCAGUUGA